CUCCGUUGCCACCCGAACUCACCGAUUGGCCGUGCACAUCAAGUAGCCGACCGAGGUGCUUGCCUGAUCAUCAAAGUCUCGAGCCUCAGCUUUCUUUCGCCUUCCGAUUCCUACAAGCCAGCACACACAUACUGUGCCAAAAACCACACAAGCAAUCUCUGCACACUGCAGCACACAUAUCACACUUUCACCCAUUGUCGCUCUCACACACACGUGACAAUGCUACGCACCGCCACCCAGCUCCCGCGCCAGCUCUCCCGCCGCGUCGCCGCCUUCAGCACGAGCGCAUCGCACAAGUCCUCACCAUUCGGCGGCCCCAGCCCACCUCGUCUACCCAAGGAGGAACAAGAACUCUUCGAAAAACUACAAAAGCAAUCCACCGGCGCAUUCUCGCAGCCCAAGCCCGACCCUGAGCCUACAUCACAGCCGAGUAUCCGCAUGAAGAUCAACCAGUCCCCCGACUCCACCUCAGAGCCCGAAAUCCGUUUCGAAAAUGGCAAGGAGAUUAAGAAGGGCGAAGAAUUCCACCCGAAUAUGCGCCGCGGCGCACCGCCAGAGUUCGAAGGCGAUGUGAAUCCGAAGACGGGCGAGGUUGGGGGGCCGAAGAAUGAGCCGCUUAGAUGGGGGAGUGGGGAGGGGAGGGGGGAUUGGAGUUAUAAUGGGAGGGUUACUGAUUUCUAGGUUUUGCGCGGAAAAGUUGGGGUGGAGGAGGGGGAGAAGGCAUAUGUAUGAGAAGAGGGUGAGGUGAAUGGUUUGUGAAUUGGUGACUGGGUGACUCCGAUAUACACGAUGUUGUACGAUAUACUAGGAGCAGAAGUAGGUAUCGUUGCUCCACCAGAAUAAAACGAAGACACAGAUUACACGCAAUACUAUGUUUUUGCCUGCCAGCCAGCAAGCGUGGUUGACUGCUAGGGGAAGAAAGUAUGUGUGCGCUCGUACGCUGCAUUCUUACCUGUGCUCGUGAGGUUGCUUGUGACUAGAGCAUCCGGAGGUCGACGUUCGGCUGGAAGCUUGGACGCAGUAACUGGUGGUAGACAUGAUGGCAUGGGGCCAUUGUAUAUAGUGUUGUGUGAAAUGAAU